AUGAUUGAUUGCGGACUUGAACAAGGUGGCAUUUGCAGUGAAAGAAAGAAAGAAAAAAAUCACGCAAAUAAAAGUUCUUAUCGGAAUGUUGAAAGUCCCCCGUUUAUGGCUCUUUUGCAUUUCAACAUUUCGUUUUUAACUAAAAAGAAAAUUCAAAAGCAAUUUGAAGGGAAAUUUAUUCAAAACUGGUACGCAUACGACUUUAACUUAAGGAGUGAUUUGUCAGCUAUUUAUUCGACAAUGGACGUCACACUUGAAACUUCAAAUACUUUCAACAACUUGUUUGCAAUCAAACUUCAAUUAAAAGCACGUCCGAAUUUUCUGAAAAAUCACAACAAUCUAGAGUACUGUGGAGGAACACAGCAGCAGGAAGAAAAUAAAAGCGCGAUAAGCAAUCAAAAAUAA